CUCGCGAGGAGUGCGCGCGGUCUGUCAGCCGUCACACAGUCAUGAUGGCCGCCGUCCGUCGCUUUCUGGGUCUUCGGAGCAAGUUCACCAGCUCUGUAAACGGGUUAAACAUUUACUUCAACAGCAGAAAUUCACCGAGGGAAAGAGCAGCUCUGAGACGCGUAGGGACAGGGCUGUGUAUCGCUCUCGGCGGGUUCGCCUUUGUUUACUACCAGCACAGUUCGAGUCCGGAUCGGAGACGCGCAGCGAGUCUGCGCGCAUUGAUUUCACCGCUCCCAGCAGUGGCUGCAAAAGAGAAGGCCAGUGCAUCUGGUGAAGAUGAGGUGUCGUUGUCUGCACACGAGCACAGGUUCAGGCUCUUCAGCUCAGUGGAGUUUGAUGGACAGCUCUACAUGACUCCCCUUGACUUCAUUGAGUCCGUCACUAUGAGCGAACCGAAGAAAAAGAGGUUUUGGAAAUCCCUCACAAAACAGGAACUGGACAAGAUUCUGUCAGAUACGCCACCUGUGUGGAAAGGAUCAUCUCGUCUGUUUCGUAACCUGCGGGAAAGAGGUCUCAUCGCUUACACAGAGUAUCUGUUUCUCCUCUGUAUUUUGACAAAGCCGCAUGCUGGCUUUAAAAUAGCUUUCAACAUGUUUGAUGCGGACGGCAAUCAAAUGGUGGAUAAGAGGGAGUUCAUGGUGCUGGAGGAGAUAUUUCGUAAGAAAAAUGAAAAGAGAAAGGAGCGAGGAGGAGAUGCUGAGAGUUCAUCUCAGCUGAAUGUGGAACUGUAUGGAUAUCAAGGAUCUGUGAGCAGCAAUGUACUUAAAAAAGAGCAGCCUCAGUGUGAGCCCAGAAGUUUCUGGGAUGUUCUAAAGCUUGGUGCAAGAAUAGUUCUCUUUUCAGAUCUGAUGGAGCACGUUCCAGAAAAUGUCACAGACACAACUCUGCUGGUGCAUUUCUUUGGAAGAAAGGGCAAAAGUGAACUUAACUUUGAUGACUUCUACAGAUUCAUGGACAACCUGCAGACAGAAGUGCUUGAGAUUGAGUUCCUCAGUUAUUCCAAGGGAAUGACCACCAUCAGCGAGGAGGACUUCGAUCGGAUCCUGCUGCGCUACACCACUGUGGAGAACAUCACAGGCUACCUGGAGAACGUGCAUCAAAGCAUACCUGACGAGAAGGGAAUCACUUUUGAAGAGUUUAGGUCCUUCUUUCAGUUCCUCAACAACUUAGAGGACUUUGCCAUUGCCAUGCAAAUGUACAACUUUGCAAAUCGCCCAAUUGGACAAGAUGAGUUUGGUCGUGCUGUUUAUGUGGCCACAGGCCUGAAACUGUCCCGACACCUUGUGAACACCAUUUUCAAGAUCUUUGAUGUGGACCAUGAUGACCAGCUGAGCUACAAGGAGUUUAUUGGGAUAAUGAAGGACCGACUGCAUCGUGGCUCUUGGGGAUAUAAGGGUGAAGAGAGAUUCACAUCCUUUAAAGGCUGUAUGAAGAAGGAACUCAGUGCUAAAUAGAUAAACGUCCCGCUGAGGGUUUCUCUUCAGCCUCACGUCGCAGGGAAGAAAUCUGACGUUGGAUUAAAGUUCUCAGUGACUCAAAUGCAAUUAUCUACCUGACCUGUGUCAAACUCUGUAAGAUACAAGUACUGCCGCUUUUAGAUUAACACAUGCUACCUCUCUGGACUAUAGUUACAGCUUUGUCACUUGGCAGGCACUUUCUAAACUCUAUAAAAGCCAUUAACCGAAAGGAUAACACUUUAAUGAAAUAGCCAUGAUACUUUUAUUAAUCAGAGUUAUUUAUUGACAGUCUUUUAAAUUUGAAUGGGUCCAGGGCCCACUUUUUGGGAUAAAAUAAUUAUUUUCAGAGUAACGUCUUUAUUAAUGAUUUAUUACUUUAUAAAUAUAACAUUUAUUAAUUUUAACGCAAGACACUGCAGGGAAAAAAAAUUUUGAAAGCUUUUUUUCAGUCUAAUGUAAAGUAAACGCACAAAAAAAUUUGUAGAAUUCUGUUAUACACAUUUUUUACCCGUAUGAAGCCAUACAUAUAUUUAUUUCAGCAGCUCUUACUAGACUUCACAGUUUAAUUUAUAGCUGUAUUUUCUAAUAAAAUUUUUAUUUACUUAUUUAUUUAUUUAUUAUUUUAUUUUAUUUAUUUCUAACAUGUUCCCAGUAUUUAAAGUGAUAAAACAUUGGACUAACAUGGCAAAAACACAAGACAAAUGCCAAUUUUGCACCUGAACCACUGAACAUUCAGUGUUUUCAGGAUUUUUGUAUACAAACUAGCACACAAAUGAUCCCUCAUUUGCAUAUUUAAACAUUUUAGAAAGCUUUUAAUACAAAACGUUAUUUUUUUAAAGUAGAAAAAUACUUGUAAUCAUGGUAAUACCUAUUAGUUAAGUUUUUACCCUAAUGUACACCUGCAGCGUCUUGCUUUAAACAAACUAACUCAAGUGUGAAACGGAUAAUGGUGUGUACAGUUAUUUAUUUCUAUUUAUUAAUCUAUUUUGUGUAAGGAAAACGUUCUUUUGGGGUUUUGAUGCCCCUUUAUUGCUGUAUUGGCAUUGUAUUGUUGUAUUUGCUACUCUAGGAGUUAUAAGCCAGAUAAUCUUUGGUUACAACGAGCACAUUGCUAACAUAGUUUGUGUGAGUUUGUCCAGUGUCCAGCAGCGGAUCAGCUUACAGCGGCUCUGACAGUGCUGAGUGCACAGAGCAAUAAUGAGACCUCAGUAAUCUCACAAUGCGCUACACAUAUAGAUCCCUCUCUCCAGCUCACAAACUCCUUUAACUAAUAUCCUGUGUGUGAAUAGCGGAAAAUGAAUAUCAUGUCAUAUAGGGAUUUAAUAUCUGUUAAUCAUAUUGUAAGGACUGAAUGAUUAUUCUUCAACGUACUGGAUAAAAAAAUUAAAAAGUAUUGCAACAUUUAUUGGGUAAUUCUGACUUUAUGGAGAGAAAAAAGACGGAAUCACAAAACAAAUAAACUACAAUUUUUAUUUAUUUAUUUAUUUUUUAUCAGUAAACAGAUAAUGUUGUGCCAUUUAAUUAAGUACUUUCCUCCUAAAUGUUUUACGUCUGAAAGAGAAACUCCUUCAAAUGCAUUUUAUACACAGCCACAAAAAUACAUAAACACAUGCAAUCCAGAGAACAAAUAUUGUAAGAAAUUAACUAAAGAAAUUCUGAAAUAACAUUGCAGUUUACAAUUUCCAGAAAAAAAAAAAACUUUAAAAAUGUUUUGUUUCUGAGAAGAAACGUCCAAAUUGUGAGUUGAAAAGUGGCAGUUACUAUACUGAGUAUCAUGUAGUAAAAUAGCAAAUUUCAUUGAUUAUAUUUCUUAUAAUGUA